AUGUCGCGCGCAAAUCAGUGGUUUGUGCCUGGUGAAGGCAUCGCCCGAGAAGUAAUCACGGCCGACAUCCAGCGCUACCUGGGCCCAGAUGCGCUCGGCCAACCUGGCUACUGGAUAACGGCCUAUCGCACCCUCACAUCGCAAAUGAUACAAGACUUGAAGAUGGAUUCCCAACGCUGGCAGCAGGAAAGACAGCCUGGCGAGACGGGCCGCGGAGGUAGCCACAGUCCACAAGUGCGCACUACAAAGGUAUCAGCCGGCCCUAACGCUUCAUUAGUGGCUUAUCAGGACUCUCGCACACAUGCUGCUCGCCAGCAUUGGGGUCCGACAAAACCUUACGAGCACGGCGCAUCGCAUGCCUCUGCCGAUCCCUACGACCAGCCCCGCCAGUCGACGGCCUCGAGGACUCCCGCCUACGGCUCUGGCAGCUACUCCAGCAGUGACCCGCACUACACCACGACUCCCACAUCCACCUAUGGAAGCUCACAUCCGGGUUACCAGCCCUCGCCCGCUGCCUCUGCUCCCAGGACAUCACCUGCGGAUCCUUACUCGGCAUACCCACAGCCUGGAGGACGUGACUACCCGGCGCAAUCGCCCUACUCGUCAUAUCCGGCCGCCACUCCUGAUCCGUACGGACGCCAGGCGCCUUCCCAGUCCGCCCCGUACACUGCCUCAAGGUAUUUUGGUUACUAUGACGAGCCCUUUUUGGUCUAUCGCUAA